AUGUCGCACGCAUUCGGACCUGGUCAGUUCGAGGUAAGGGUGUGCCAAGUGGGCUGUAGCUGAUGGCUCUUGUCUGUCUGCGCUGCCUGGCCUCUGCGCGCCUGUGGUUCUUGCUCCUCCCCCCUUUUUCGCUUCGCUGCGACGUCCGACGACGACGACCGCUGCUCACCUCUCCCUCACCGUCGGACCCAACGGCUCGCCCAGGCAACGCAUUCGGUGCCUUUGCACCCACUUCUAUCACCCGACCUCGUCCACCUCGUCGAGUCAAUUCCAACGGUAGUAACAAAGACGAUACCACCUCGAGUGAGCCCAACGCCGCGGCGGCUGCACCACCCGCCGUCGUCGCUCGAUCGUUCUCCUCCAUCCUCAGUCCUACCACCGCCCCCAUCUCCCAUGCCAAGCGUCUCGCACAAGAACACGAGCGAAAUGCUCUGAAGAAACCGUUCGUUUAUUCGAGGGACUUUAUCCUCAGUCUUUAUGACGAAGACAAGGCGCGACGAAGGCCGAUCGAUCUGUCGCCUCACGCGUUGGCGACGAGCGAAAAUCCGACACGAGAGGCCCCUUGGGCUCUGUGCGAGUUUAGGAACGGGGAAAAAGAGGUGAGCGUUGAAAUUUUUGCCUUGUUAAGGUGACUUGAAGGUGGACGGGGCAGGGGGGGAACAAUCGUUUCGGUUAGGCUCUUUUUCCUCCUCGAGCUUGUGUGGGGACAAGAGCAGUCGGAGAUGUGAUUGCAGCAUCUUGAGGACCGAAAUCAUGAUACAGAAGCUUAAAUCAAUACUGACCGUCUCGGUCCCGCAUUUGCAGCUCUUUGCGACCUCGAUUCACCCGGCCAACACGCGAGUCCGGCCUUCGCACCAGCUCCGUGGCACCGAUUCCCCCGCCGCUGCAGCCGGCAGUCCCUCCAACACGCUCGACCUAGCCUCGUUGGGCACCUUGCCCCGUGAUCGGGAUCGUAACGCCCAGUCGACGCCCUCUCGUUCGUCCGGUGUUGCCUUCGGUUUGGGCACCUCCCCUUCUGCCUCGUCCGCGGCAGCGCAGGACAAAGGCCUUGUUGGAGCGCUCGGGAGCUCGACCAGGCGCGUCAGGGGUACCGAGAGGACCACGAACCCUUCUCUUGGGAUCACGGGUGGCGUUUUAGGUGGUUUAGGUGGUUCGACCAAUAGCGGAUCAGCGUCGAGGACAACAAAUGGUGAAGGAACAGGCGCAAAGGAGGUUUGGCAAGCCUCGGGCAGGUGGAGGAGGGCUGGUGAGAGCGAGGGAGAGGGUGACAAGGUCAGUGCUGGCGUGAGAACCAAAACACGUGAUAAGACAUGGUAAUUGGAACUGAUUCAGUUGGAUCGCUCGACCACCCGCAGCCUCUUGGCUUCGGACCUCGACGACACCCUGCCGCCGAACCUGCUCUCGAGCCCAGCGCCGAUAUUCGAUCCUCCGAAACCGACGCUCCGUCCGACACCGUUCCAGCGACCUGGGAUGAGGACGAGCCGAGCUCCGAGCCGAACAACGCACCGGAAUUCGAGUCACAGUCGAGCGAGUCGGUCGGACCAGCCUCAUCGUCGUCGGCUUCGCAAGUGACGGAGGCAGAUCUGGCCCAGCACGCGACGAGCAUCUUGGGCUCAUUGGCUCUCGAUUCGGAACCGAUCGACGAACCUUUCCAAUCCUCUACCUUGGCGAAGAACAACGCGAGCUCGGCUGCGAACGGCUUCGACUCGAUAGCUCCGACCCAGACCCCGUCGAACCCGCCUGGAUUCGCGCCGAUCCAACCCAGUGGAGGCCAAGACCUGUCGUGGCUGUACCGCGAUCCGAGUGGCCAGAUCCAAGGCCCCUUCACACCUUCGAUGAUGGUCGAUUGGAACAAACAAGGCUUUUUCAGCUCGGACCUGCGCGUCAAGCGUGUCGGCGAACUGGACUUUGAGACGAUCGAGAGCGUCAUCCGCCGCUCCGGCGACCGCGAGACCUUCUUCCUCACUGCGCAGUUGCAACCUAUCACCGCGCUGCCGCCUCCGAUCUCGCAUGCCGUCAAUGGAGGUGCAUGGCCUCUCGGUCAAGCCUCGCCUGGUCUCGGUUCGCAACGCGCCUUCGGAGCUGCCUCACCGUUUUACGAGCCGUUCGGUGUCCCCGCCGCAGCUUCACCCUCGCUCACGCACCAGUCGUCAGCGUUCGGUCUCGCGAGUCGUUCGACGUCGCAAACCCUGGACCCGUGGGCUUCCUCGAGUCCGAGUGUCGUCUCGGCUGCUCUCGCUGCUGCGAAUCAAGCCAGUUCUGCGGCGUCGUCCUGGGGCUUUGGGAACACCGGUGUCGCUUCGCCCGGUGUGAAUGGUUUUGGUCAUCAAUUGCAGAACCACAAUCAGUUCAACGUAUUUGGCCAACCGCCACAGCAGCAACAACACCAGCCGCAAGGGAUGCACCAACAGUCGUCGGUCUUUGGCCAAUCUCAGCCGGGAUGGAACGGUCUGAACGGUGCGGCGUCGAUCGCUCCGCCCGCUCAACCCUCGUGGACGUCGCUAUUGCCUCAACGCUCGUUGGAGCUCGAUACGCGUUCGCCCGUGCGUUCACCCAUGACAUCCGCUGCUCCGUCCCCGAUCGGUCCACCCCCCGCCGUGCCGAGCCAACCUCAGUUCCUCGCGGAGCCCGUCACGCCUUCGUCUGCUCCUGCUCCCACCCCCGUUGCGCCCUCACCUGUCGUCGAAGCUGCUCCUGCUGCCGCGGCUGCGCCCAUCCCUGCUCCGGCUCCCGUCUCACACUGGGCUUCAAUCCCUCAGCCCUCUGCGGAGAAGAUAGAACUUAGUUCCAAGACUUCGGCGACGGACAAGAUCUUGCGAGAGGCUCAAGAGGCCGCCGCGAGACCCAAGGCUCCCGUCCCUGCUCCCGUCGCACAAGAGGAACAGGCUGCCCCUGCCUCCGCCACUCCUAGUCCCGCGCCUUCAGCGCCUGUGACGCCUUCCAAGCCGGUUCCGGCGACAACCGCUCCUUGGGUCAAGGAAGAGACGACGAACUCGAGUGGUCCUUCGUUGCGCGAGAUUCAAGAAAUCGAAGCUCGAGCCGCCGAGAAGCGCAAGCAUGCCGCUUGCAUUCAAGCCGCCCAAGCCAACGUCCAAGCUGCGCAACGUGCGGCCGCUCUCGAAGCCGCGGAGCAAUUGCCUGCGACGACGAAUUGGGGUGCUUCGGCGACGAGUGCUUCGGCAAGUACUACAACUAUCACGACAGCUUCUUCGCCUUGGUCGAAGGCUCAAGCGACGAGCAGUUCGGGUAAGACGCUCAAGGAGAUUCAAGAGGAGGAAGAGAGGCGCAAGAAGGCGGCGUUGCAAGCUCAACAAAGUGCAGGGGCGACUUCGCCUGCCGUCGCGGCUUCGCGAGCGCCUGGGCGUGGAUAUGCUGCGGUGUCGGCCUCGACGGGGGCAAGUAAAGCCCCUGCCCCUUGGACGACGAUUGCGGUCAAGGCGUCGCCUCAAGCUCAGGCCCCGGCUACAAAGACGGUGAUUCCUGGACUGCCCUUGUCGGCUGUCAAGAACCCCAUCAAGGGUGUCAUGAUGACCCCUUCAACGCCUACCAAAUCUUCAUCCAUGUCCAAGACCCUCUCCGGAACGAUCACGACCCCUGCGCGAGCCUCGGUAGCACGCACCACGACCCCCGUGUACUCCAUCGACCAUCCCCCAACCCCUUCCCCCGAAUUCCUCACCUGGACCCGCUCAGCACUCAAAGGCCUCGUCGUCCCUUCCUUGGACGAAUUCAUCGCCAUGCUCCUCUCCUUCCCUCUCGAGAUCUCCGAAGACGUCUUGGAGAUCAUCUCGGAUAGCGUCUAUGCGAAUUCAUCGACUUUGGAUGGAAGGAGGUUCGCGAAUGAGUUUACAGCGAGGAGGCAGACGGAUACGACGAGUAGGUACCCUGGGUUAAGUUUUAGUCGAGGCACGACCUCGCCGUCGACGGGUGCAAGUGGUGGAAAGGAGGCACAGCAGGGUAGUAAGGAGUGGAGCGUCCAGGUUGCGGGGGGCAAGAAGAAGAAGGUUGGGAGCAAGUAG